AAAGAGGGGGAGGGAGACAGAGUCUUCCAGCUGCCACAGAGGAAACGGAAGGGACGAAACAGAAAACUAAUUUCAAAACUUCAAGUCUAUGCUCAAGCAUCGCUGUCUGAGUGCUUCUUUUUCUUUCUCUGAAUCGUCUACUGACUUCUUAUGAAAAUCCUACUUUGUUUCUACCUUUGUUUCUAAUCUCCAGUUGUUUCUGUGGCUGUGAGAAAAAAAAGCCUCCACCCUAAAGAGAAGAAAGACAGCUAAUCCACUGCGAGGAGAUGUCCCCCCAGCCACAGGUGACAAGGACUUUUCAAGAGUUCCUCAAGAGCUUUCUUGGGAUUGUACGGAUCCUUCAGAUUCUCCUGGGAUCUGGUCUUUGGAUCACUGUCGCCACCAGCAAGUAUGAGGGCUCCGUUCACUUUGUUCUCUUUGUGGCCGUGUUCUUCUGGCUUCUCACACUCGCCCUCUUCUUUCUCACGCUGCUGAACAAGCAGGACCUGGUCCCCAUCCUAGGAGGAGAGCGGUGGUUGUUAACCAAUGUGAUACACGACUUUGCUGCUACAUUGCUUUAUUUGUCUGCAAUCGGCAUCAUGAUCUACAAAACGUCAAAGAACUCCUACUGCAAUUUGCCACAAUAUAAGCACACAUGCCUGUACACCGUCUACCUCACUGGCUCUGUGUUCGCCUGCCUGACUGCCUGCGCCUACCUUCUCUCAGCCAUAUAUGGCUCCUGCAGAAAGUGCCGGGGUGAGCAGACUGUGGUGUAAAAACCCAACACAGGACACAUGUGGAUGGGGGAGGGACACUUCCCGUUAUCGCUGAGAGCCCUGAGAGCGAGAAAAACAGCCCUAAUCCAGGUUGCACACAGCUGGCUUAUGGAAAAAAGAUCUUUACUUUUCUCUUAAAGCAGAGGGUUUGAUCCCCUUGUCUCAGGCUUCCAGGUUGGUCAAUUUUGUAUAAAGUAAUUUAAACUCAUUUAUACCAUCAGCACCCACAAACAAAUCUGUAUUUUAUUUUAUAUUUGUAUGUUUAUAGCUACUCAACAAGUUAUGUAACAGAGUUCUAUGUUUUCUUUGACAUUUUUUGUUACAAUGGCAAACCAACAAGCAUUUUGAUAUGCCAAGUCUGUAGCAUUUUUUUUUUAAACGAGUGUUUAUGUGUCUUUUUAUGAAUGAACGUGCAUAAGAUACAUGUGUUGGUGUAUGUGUACAUAGUCUAGAAUGUUGCUUAUAAUAUAAUUUGCUUAACACUGCUAUGUAAAAUGUCCAUUUAUAAGUAUUUAUAUUUUACACAAAGCAACUGUCAGUCUGAACAAAUUAAUGAAUAAAAAGUAAAUGAUCACCUGAAAA